UCUCCUUUGCCUCAGACACAACUUUGUUCAGAUCCAGAAGAGGAUGGAAGGCUCACUGCUGCUCACAGGACUGAUGGUCAUCACAGCUUGCUCUCAAUCUCUUCAUGCACCAGACAGUUGCCGUGAGGAGGUGGCUCGUCUGCAGGAACAGGAGAAGCUUCUGAAGAGCCAGCUUCAAGAUCGAGAACUCCACCUACGUAGACUAACACAGAUGGACCAAUCUGCCAACAAGGACGCAGCUAGUCCUGACCAGAGCCAGGACACCCAGUACGCAGACUGCUCCCAGCCCUUCAGUUCUGGCUACAAAUCCAGUGGUUUCUACACAAUCAAACCUCAAGGCAGUCCUGGCCCAGUCAGAGUCUACUGUGAUAUGAGUGGUGAAGGCGGUUGGAUUGUCAUUCAGAGACGGAUCAAUGGAACGGAGAGGUUUAACAGGUCAUGGGCAGAGUAUAAGGAUGGUUUUGGAGAGAUGGAUGCAGAGUUCUGGCUUGGCAAUGACAACCUGCAUUACAUCACUACACAAGGGAGUUAUUCUCUGAGGAUUCACCUGGAAGACUUUGAUGGCCACCAGUGCUAUGCCGAGUACAAGAACUUCAAAGUGGCCAAUGAGCAGGAUCACUACCGACUUACCUUUGGAUCCUAUGUAGGUACAGCUGGAGAUGCUCUGUCUGGAAACUAUGAGUUUGGUGUGUCGUGGUGGGCCAGUCACCAGAAUAUUGAAUUCAGCACUUACGACAAGGACAACGAUAAGUAUUCAGGAAACUGUGCCCAGGAAGACAAAGGAGGCUGGUGGUUCAACAGGUGUCACUCAGCCCAUCUUAAUGGCCUGUACUACCCCAAUGGGCACUACAAAGCAUUCACAGAUGAUGGCAUAGUUUGGUACACUUGGAGAGGAUGGUGGUACUCUCUGAAGACAAGCAUCAUGAUGCUGCGACCCACUGACUUCAAAAUUGAUCCAAUUUAUGACCCCAAUGCUGUUCAGCACAAACCACCUUCCUAGAUCAGAUAUCUUCUUGGUUCAGCGAUUUUUGUCAGCUUGACAAACAUGCUUUAAAUGAUGUGAAGUCAUAUUUCAUACACAACAAAACAUAAUUAUAGUUUUAACCUCUCAAAUCCUCAAAAGUUGUUUGCAUAUUUAGCACUAAUCAACUCCUUUAUAUGUAGAACCCUGCAGAAGGAAGUGUGCAUCUACUGCUAUUGCACCACUGAGCUAUUUUUAAAAUUUGAGCGCAAAAUCAUGAACUGGAAAAAUAAGUCGUUAUCCAUUUUUAUCUCUCUGGUUUUGGAAAUGAAUAUGGAAAAACAAGUCAUUUUUAAAAAAAAUUAUGGUUUCAUUUUGAAAAAUGAAUGAACAAAUGGUGC